UUCAUAAUGAAUAAAAAAUGAGUUGAAAUUCUUAUGUUGUGUCGAUAUAGCGAACGAAUCAUCGGUUAUCGGUUAUCGGUUAUCGGCCGUCUAUCAGAUAGAGCCAUUAUCUUGAUAAUGACCAAUGAACGAUGGAAGGAUGAUAUCGCAUACGCGAUGACUCCUUUCAAGUUGAUUACGUGGCCUAUUGGCGUAUGGCCACUUCAAGUUUAUGACAUUUAUUCGUUGUUGCGUUGUGCAUUAAGCACUUUCUGUGCGAGCCUAGUUGUAAUCUUGCCUUCCAUGGAGAUAUAUAUGGGUUGUAUUGACUUAAAGCAAAACAUUGAUUGUCUGAUGCUGAUCUGUUGCGGAUUUCUCGGUGUGCUGAAGAUGACGUGGUUUCGCAUAUAUCCAAACAGUUUAAUUAUCAGUUACAAUUCUGCUCUACAUGAUUAUCAGACGAUUGACGACAUAAAAGAGCGCGAUAUUAUGCGAAAACACGCUUUCAUAGGAAGGAUCAUUUCCUCUUUCUUAUUGUCCAUGGCUUACUUUUGUUGUCUAACGUAUGGGAUAAUUUCUAUUUUGGAUUACAACAUAAAUAAUCGCAUUAACGUAACAAACGAGGAUACGACAUUAGAAUAUGUUAUACCAUCAAGAUGUGUUCUGGAAUAUUUUAAUUUUCCAACAAGUAUGUAUAAAAUCUGCUGUCUCGUCGAAACUGCUAUAAUAAUAUUAGUGUCAACAGCUAACAUUGGUAACGACGCAUUGUUUUUCAACAUUACAUUACAUAUUUGUGGUCAAGUAAAUAUUCUGAGAAUCCAUUUUAUCAACUUUGAUGUCACAAAUCCACGAAUAUAUGAUCGUUUCAAUGCUCUAAUUCAAAGACAUCAAGACCUGAUAUCACUGACCAGGGAUCUUGCAGAUCUGAUGAGUUUUGUAUUUUUGAUAGAACUAUUUAUUAUCAGUAUAUUAUUAUGUAUAAUGGGAUUUGAGCUUAUUUUAGCAUUGAAAGCCAAUAACAUUAUUAGGGCAGGAAACAAAUUAUUUGGACUGAGUGGCUUUCUGACACAACUAACAUUGUAUAGUUUUAUCGGGAAUUAUUUGAAAUCUGAAAUGGAAGAAAUAGCGCUUUCUAUUUAUCAAAGUACUUGGUAUAAUUUUCCUAAAAAAUUAGCAAAUGAUGUAAUCUUUAUUCUUAUGCAGACAAAAUCUGCAGUUGAGUUACAAGCUGGAAAUUUCAUCGCAAUCAAUUUGUCAACUUAUGUGAGCAUUUUAAAAACUUCUUUUUCAUACUUGUCUGUACUUCGUAUAAUUCUCGAAGUAUGAAAAGUUAGUUGCAAAAUGAGAUCUACAAAAACUAUAAAUAUUUUAU